UGGAGGAUUAGUUUGAUAAAAUGAAGUUAUAUAAAUUAUCACGUACGCAGACAUUUGAAAUGUUUGGUACGUCGCGCUGUGCAAAGAUGAGAGUCUUUGUAGUUUUUGCAUCAAUUAUCGCAACAUGUAUAGGCAGUGCAAUACCUAGGUUACCAAGAGACAGCCAAUAUGUGGAAGGUAAGACCCGCUUUAUAUGGUUGUCGGACGGCGAAGGCGUACCAACACUAGUAGAUCUGAAUACACCAGUCGAUGAAGAAGCUUUGGCUUCUAGAACUGGUGCCAACAACCAAUAUUGGCUUUAUACAAGGAAUAACCCGACGACUGCGCAAAUCAUUACACAUGGUAACGUUGACUCGAUCUUACACUCUAACUAUGUGGCUUCUAAACCAUUGAUGGUCAUAGCUCAUGGAUGGACAAACAACGGCAAUCAUCAGGUCAAUACGAUGCUUACAGAAGCAUUCCUAGCUGCCCAAGAUGUAAACGUGAUCGUGGUGGAUUAUAGGACUGUUGCUGCCCUGAACUAUGUGUCUGCUGUUUUUAGAGUACCAGAUGUGGGGCAACAUCUCGCUGAGUUCCUGUCUUGGCUGAUUGAAACUGGCGGUGGGACUUGGGAUAAUGUGCAUUUAGUUGGGUACAGUCUGGGAGCGCAUGUAGUGGGAAAUGCAGGUCGCGCUGCUGGCGGCUUACCUGCCAGAGUUACUGGAUUGGACCCAGCCGGUCCAUUAUGGCAAACCAAUCGCAACAGAUUAUCUAUCGGCGACGGUCAAUACGUAGAGGCUAUUCACACUGACGGGUUAUACCAGGGCAUUUACAGACCAAUAGGAGACGCAGAUUUUUAUCCCAACGGAGGAGUGAACCCAAUGCCUGGGUGUGUAGAUAGCGGAUGCUCACAUGCCCGAGCAUACCAAUAUUUUGCCUCAAGCAUCUAUUCCAAUCACUUUGUAGGCAAAUCUUGCCAGAAUAUUAUAGAAGCCGGGGCCAAUCGGUGUCAAGGCAGCUUACUAAAUAUGGGCAACAACAUUUUGAAUAAACGCGGAUCUGGUUUAUAUGGACUGAGUACUGGCGAAUCAUGGCCCUUUUAAAAACAUUCCAGUGAAAUCGAAGAUCUUAUAGACCUACCUAUAUCCUUUUGGUACAAAUACACAUUUAUACAAAGAAAA